UGGGGGGGGGGGGGGGGGGGGCAGAUGAUUCAUAAUUUUUUAAAGGUAUACUGUGAAAAAAGUUAAAUAAUGGUAUUAAAAGAUAUAAAUUUAGGAGAACAUUAAAGAAAAUCAUACAAAUAAGUGGUUUAAAAAAAUGAAUAUGUUAUAUAAUAUGCAAGGUUUUUUAAUAAAUUCAUGGAAACGUUCUAAAAAUAUUAAAAGAUUGUUAUUUUUGAAAUAAAUUAUGAAAUAAAUUCAUAGAAACGUUCUAAAAAUAUUAAAUUAUGAAUAUGUUGUGAUUCUCGUAUUGCUAUAUGCAUAACCGUCAUUGUUUACUGCGUGUUGGAGUAUUUGGAAAGCGAGAAAUGAUCUUAUUUUCCAGUAAAUCAGCUAGCACAUCGAAAACCGUAAAGGAUAUUAAAUCGUUUGGGUAUCUUUGGAUAAAAGAAUAAGUCUCUUUUUAGAAUCCAUAAUGUAAGGAAAAAUGCAGGUGACGUUACAACUAACUCGGCUUGUAAAUAGAAUUGAACAAGUCUCCAUCUUUUUAGGACUGUAACAGCUGGUGUCAUUUCUAAAUUAGGAUCAUCAUUUCUUUCACACAACAAAGGACUCAAAAGUGAUGUGUUUUGAUCUAGUUUUGAGAUCCUGAAAAGUUUCAUUAGACGUCACAUGGCUUCGGCCCCUGAAACCGCUCCCUCUCCACCACCACCACCGCCACAGCGCCCUCCUCCUCCCUCACCGCCACCACCACAUUACCCUCCUCCCUCCUCACCACCACCACCAUUUAAGAGAUCACCUCCACCGCCACGAUCCUAUAGCCCGCCAACUAACUCUACCCGCAAAGCACACCGUGAAUCCCCACAUUCUAAUACAAGUAAUGAGGAACUCAUUGUUGGACUAGUUGUGGCGGGUUUCGUGUUUAUGACUUUUGUUAUGAUUUGUAUUACAUGCUGUAGGAGGAAGAAGAAGCAGAAGGCGGCUGCUUACUACACAAAACCGCCCCCAGGUGGAGACUACUACAAAAAUCAAUGGCCGGACUCACCUCGUGAGCACGUGAUUCAAUUUACAAGGCCUGAAAUGAUAGGUGUUCCAGUGGGUGUGAGUGGCAAAUGGGCAGCCUCACCCAGAACCCCGAAAAUGCCUCUAGCAUUCAACAUGAACCACUUCUCAUACAACGAGCUGUCAACCGCCACUGAUGGGUUCUCACAGGCGAACCUUCUUGGACAAGGUGGGUUUGGGUAUGUCCAUAAAGGGAUUUUGGCUAACGGGCAUGAGGUGGCUGUGAAGAGACUGAAAUCAGGCAGUAAUCAAGGGGACAGAGAGUUUCAAGCGGAAGUUGAGAUCAUUAGUAGAGUGCAUCAUCGUCAUUUGGUAUCGCUUGUUGGAUACUCUAUAGCUGAUGCUCAGAGAAUACUUGUCUAUGAAUAUGUUCCUAAUAAGACCUUAGACUUCCAUCUUCAUGGGAAGCAUUGUCCCGUUAUGAAAUGGGAAACGAGGAUGCGGAUCGCACUGGGGUCAGCCAAAGGACUUGCAUACCUACACGAAGAUUGCGAUCCACGGAUCAUCCAUCGCGAUAUUAAAUCUUCCAACAUUCUCCUAGACUAUAAUUUUGAAGCAAAGGUGGCUGAUUUUGGAUUGGCUAAACUGGCUUCCGUGGAAGACACUCAUAUCUCAACACGCGUUGUGGGGACUUUUGGGUACUUAGCUCCAGAAUAUGCUUCAAGUGGAAAGCUUACAGAAAAAUCUGAUGUAUUCUCAUUUGGGGUCAUGUUGCUUGAACUGUUGAGCGGAAGGAAACCGAUUGAUCCUACCAGUAACCGCAUGGAAGAUGGCUUAGUCGAUUGGGCAGGGCCACUUCUCGCCAAGGCGUUGGAAGAUAGAAACUACAACGGGCUUGUUGACCCACGCUUGGAAGGGAACUAUGAACCACAUGAGGUGGCCCGUAUGGUUUCUUGCACAGCAGCUAGCAUCCGCCAUGCGGCUAAACGGCGUCCCAAGAUGAGCCAGAUUGUGCGGGUUUUGGAAGGUGAUGGAUCAUUAGAUACCUUGAACGACGCCCUUAAACCACAUCGAAUGGAGUCCACAUUAAGUGAGAACCAGAGCCACGACACACCGACUUCCAUUGUUCAUGACACCAAGGCCUAUAAUAAUGAUAUGAAGAGUUUUGUGGAGAAGGUAACGUCGAGUGAGAAGACUUCUAAAGAAGCCAGUAGCUAACACAAGUGCACCCGUUGUUCUCGAGCAACAAGAUAGCUGGCUACGCGCGUCUUGUAAGAAUGCAAGGUUCUAGGAAAGCUGGUGGUUGGUUUUCUGAAUUCGGUCAUGUGCUACAAGACAUUAAGGUAAGGUUUACGCGGUUGAAGGGUCGAGUAGAUAAGAGGAAUAAGCAUGAACAUCUUCUGCAAUUGUUUUAACAAUGUUUGUAACGUUGUGUAUACACUUUUGAGAAAUUUCUGUUGUAUCUUAAGAAACUAAGUAUAUGUUACAUUUUGUCGUA